AUGAGUCGCAUCGAGUCGCAUGAGUCGCACCGAGUAAGAGCAAGCCAUCGUUGGACGGACAAACCGGUCGAGCGCGAGCGCGAGCCGUCUGCCGCACGCACGACGGGGGCCCGCACGACGGGGGCCCGUUGCGGCGGGCGACGCGCGCGCGAGCUGGUGUGGCGUUCUCGGUUGGUUGGUCGGGGUGGCGCUGGUGAGGACGUCGGGGGCGGCGAGAGCAAGAGUGCUAGGAGCGUCGAGUGCGCUGAAGCACCGCGUGCGGCGAGAGCGUCGAGUGUGUCGAGAGCUUCAAGCGUGCUAAGAGCGUCAAAAGCGCCAAGCGCGUCGAGUACUAAGAGCACCGCGUGCGUCGAGAGCGUCGAGAGCGCCGAGAGCAAGAGCGCCGAGAGCACCGAAUGCGCCGCGUGCAUCGACGACGCCGCCGAAACGGACGCGGGCGUAUCGGAGGGUACGAUAGAGUGCGACGGAGGGCGGGAGGGUGCGGGGCGGGCGGGCGCGGUACGGUGCUAUAGAGUGCGGGGAUGCUGCGGUACGGUGCUGCGGUGGUAUGCGCGCGAGCGAAGACCGGAACCGCAGCCGGCCGUGGCCUCACGCGGCGCUCUCGAGGCGCGCGCCGACGACGAAGUGGCCGGUGGCCGGUGGCCGUACCGCCCACCCGUCCGCGCGCGUCGCCCACCGCCCACGCAAGCGCCCAAUGCCAGCGCGCGGGUUGACGAGCCGGAUGCGCGCGCGAGGAGGCGCAGUGGGAGGGAUCCCGCGCGCCGGGUCGGCGUGGGACCUCUCUCUGCCUCUCUCCCCUCCCUGCCUCUUUCUGCGCGCGCGGGCGCGGGCGUGGGCGUGGGCGCGGGGCCGGGUGUCGGCGAUCGUCGUCGCCGUCGUCGCCGUCAUCGCCAUCGUCGCCAUCGUCGUCGUCGUAUCGCGGCGCCUCGGAUCCCGAGCGAGCGUGCGCGGACACCGGAUGCGCGCGCGGGGGCUGGGAGAGAUCCUGCGCGCCGGGUCUGCGUGGGAGCUCCCGCUGCGUGGGCGCGCGGCCGGGUGUCGGCGAUCGUCAUCGCCAUCGUCGCCGCAUCGCGGCGCACGAGGUCCCGAGCGAGCGCGUCGCUCCCGAGGGCGUGCGAGAGCACCCGAGCGCAUCCGGGAGCGUGCAAGAAGCGUGCGAGAAGCGUCUACGUUCCGAGCCUCCGUGCGCAGAGGAGCACAAAAAGCCAGCCGCGCCGCCUGUGUGCGCGAGGCGGUCCUGUGGGCUCCGCUCCGCGGCGCCUUGGUCCUUGGUGCUUGGGUCUGACCCGCGCGUUCGAUGCUGGGCGCUCAGGCCUCGUCGAGUCGCUCACGCGUGCGGACGGGUGCGAGACGGUCGCGGGGAGGGGCGGGUGGUGCUGUGCGGGCGCGUGUUCCGGUGAGGGCUGGAGCGGAGGGAUGGGUGAGAUGGCUUGCGGAGGGGUGAGCUGGAGGGCGGGUUGGCUCCGACGGAUGGACGAGGUGACGGACGGACCAACGCGGAGGGGCGAUGCGCAGACGCGCGGGUUUGCGGGUGCGGACGAGCGGUGCCGUCGAGUAUGGCAUAGCGUGAAGAGAGCGCCUGUCAGCGCAUCGGGGGACGCAGGGGAUGGGCGGUCCGGUGAUGGCUGGGCGGGCGCUUUGGGGGUGAUGGACGCGGGAGCGGUGGGAGGGCAGGUAGACAGGGGACGCGGGCGUGUGGUACAGAGAGAAUGGGGCGCUGGGUGGGGGAUGUGUAAGAGACGGAGGGAAGAUCGCGAGGAGGUGGAGGAUCGAGGAGAGUCACAUGGCCGAGGACGUGGGCGUC